UUUAGCAAAAAUUCCUGCACCAAUGUGUCAUGGCAUGGAGGUGAUCAGCCUGUGGCACUGCUGGGGCAAUAGUAAAGACCAGGUUGCUUUCAUAGCAGUCUGUAUUGCUGUAUUGGUCGGGUUUAUCUUUUUGACAAAGAAAGCGAGUUGGCUGGCCAGUCAAGCACAGUAAUAUCACGAUCAGCAAACCAGUUUUUGUUAGAUUUGGCACUGUGGCCAGGUCAAAAGUCCUUCUGGAAAAGGAAAUCAGCAUGUCGAUAAAGCUGGUCUGCAGUCGGAAGCAUGAAGUGAUCUAAAACCUCUUGGUAGACAACUGCGUUGACACACACAGCAACUUUUGGGGCGUUUCCAUGACGAAACUUCUGUCUUGAGCCCAUCAGCAGGCAGAGAGAGAGAGAGAGAAAAAGGGGGCAUGAAGCGCGUUUCAGGUUCCAUUACUGGUUGAGAAGAGGAAAAAAUCCCGUUCUUUCGAGCUGAGUCACGACCCUGUGAGAUCCGCAGUGCGACGCGGUUUUUCCUCCCCGAAGAUUUUGCUCGAACGCGAGCACUGCAGCUCGACCCGGGAGCCAGAACACACACGUGCAGGAUCCCAGCUCGGGACUGUUUUCCUAGCUAAAGUCAAUAUUUAGGAAUCGUGCAAGAAGGAUGUCAGAGAAAGAUCCAGGGCCGGGUUUGUUAGCAAAGGAGCAAAGUGAUCCAAAGAGAGAGAACCAGACCCUUGUCCCUAAAGACAGGGGAAUUGAUGCCGUGGGCAUUUUAUGGACUUUUGGGAAAUGUCUUACAGCGUUGUUACCCGUUUACCUGGCCGGGUAUUACCGAGUGAGCAGCAGUCUGGUGGUGUUUGGACUCGCGCUGUACUCGGGAUGGAAACACACUCGGGAAGCCAAAGAGGCGAAGUUACGGUCUGCCAUCCAGCUACUGCACGAAGAGCAUGAAUCCUCCAGCAGCGUGUACAGGAGCCAGAAGGACCUGCCUGCCUGGGUCAACUUCCCAGAUGUGGAGAAGGUUGAAUGGCUUAAUAAGGUUAUCCAGCAAGCAUGGCCAUUUAUUGGUCAGUACUUGGAGAAGUUGCUUACGGAGAGCAUUGCACCAUCCAUCCGAGCAUCCAGUACACACCUGCAGACUCUCAGCUUCACUAAGAUUGACUUUGGUGACAAGCCUAUGAAAGUUGUCGGAGUGAAAGCUCAUACCGAGAAUGAAAAGGGACAAAUAUUACUUGAUGUCUACAUCAGCUAUGUGGGGAAUGUAGAGAUAAAUGUGGAGGUGAAGAGGUAUUUCUGUAAAGCAGGAGUGAAAGGAAUACAGCUCAGUGGUAUGAUGAGGGUGAUUUUGGAGCCUUUGAUCGGCAAUGUGCCUAUUGUAGGGGCGCUCACUAUGUUUUUCAUCCGUAGGCCUAAGCUGGAAAUCAACUGGACUGGACUAACCAAUCUCUUAGACAUUCCAGGACUCAAUUUGAAGUCGGACACUAUGAUAAUGGACGCCAUUGCCUCUGUUCUGGUGCUUCCUAACCGCCUCACUGUUCCACUGGUGCCGGAUUUACCAGUAGCACAGCUUCGCUCUCCUUUGCCUAGGGGUGUGGUCCGUAUUCACCUGUUGGAAGCUGAUAAAUUGGCAGCCAAGGAUAACUAUGUGAAGGGUGUGAUGUCAGGCAUGUCUGACCCGUAUGCUUUGAUCAGAGUGGGGCCACAGACCUUUAAAUCUCACCACAAAGACAACACAGACAGGCCACAAUGGGGUGAGAUAUAUGAGGUAAUUGUUCAUGAAGUGCCUGGACAAGAAUUGGAGGUAGAGGUAUAUGACAAAGAUCCAGACAAGGAUGACUUUCUGGGCAGGACUAAGAUGGAUUUGGGAAUAGUGAAGAAGGCUAAAGUUAUUGAUGAGUGGUACACUUUGAAGGAUACUCCUACAGGCCGUGUUCAUCUCAAACUGGAAUGGCUGACGUUGCAGGACACCACUGAUAAUCUAGAGCAGGUUCUAAACAGAAAUGAAACAAUUCUGAGUAAUACAGCAAAUCCCCCCUCAUCAGCCAUUCUGACCGUGUAUUUGGACAAGGCAGAGGCACUUCCUAUGAAAAAAGGCAGCAAAGAUCCCAGUCCCAUGGUGCAGCUUUCUGUCCAGGAUGUAACCCAAGAAAGCAGAACUUGCUGGAACACGGUAAAUCCUGUGUGGGAAGAUGCCUUCACGUUCUUCAUACAAGAUCCACACAAAAAGGACAUGGAUAUCCAGGUUAAAGAUAAUGACCGAGUACAGUCCCUGGGCAGCCUGUCCCUGCCUCUCUCCAGCCUUCUGUCUUCCCCUCAGCUCAGCAUGGAUCAGUGGUUUCAGCUGAAUAAAUCAGGCCCAGACAGCCGUAUUCACAUCAACACUAUACUCAGGGUGCUGUGGAUCGAUGAAACUGCUGUAGCCUCCUCCAUUCUCUCGAGUGAUCCAACAUCUUUAAGACCUCAACAUAGCACCGUUGAUGACAGUUUUGCUACUGAGGGGGUGCUGCGUAUUCACCUGCUGGAGGGACAGAAUUUGGUACCCAAAGACAACUUGAUGGGGGGCAUGGUGAAGGGGAAGAGUGAUGCCUACACCAUCAUUAAUAUUGGAGGCAGCACCUUUAAAAGUCGUGUGAUUAAGGAGAAUCUCAACCCCACCUGGAACGAGAUGUAUGAGGUGGUUUUGACUGAUCUUUCUGGUCAAGACUUAUCAUUAGAGGUAUUUGACCACGACAUGGACAUGAAAGAUGACUUCAUGGGGAGAUUGAAGAUCAAGUUAAGCGACAUUAUUAAAUCCAGAUAUAUGGAUGAGUGGUUUACCCUGAGUGAUGUGAAACACGGCCGUGUUCAUCUGACUCUGGAGUGGAUGCGCGGAGUUACCCAGUCGGAUAAACUGCAGCAGGUGUUGAGUUACCAGUCUAAGAACUUGUACAUGAACAAGGCAGUACCUGCUGUAUCCCUGCUGUUUGUAUAUCUGGAGGGCGCCUAUGAUCUUCCUUUAAAGAAGAGUGGCAAAGAGCCUAAGGUUGGUGCUGAACUUAUUCUAGCCGGGACCACACACAAAACCACGGUGUGUGAUCGUACCUCUUCACCUCAGUGGAAAGAGGCCUUCCAUUUUCUGGUUAAAGACCCCCAGAAGGCCGAACUUGUUGUGAAGUUGUCACACUGCUGGGACUUUGCACUUGGCUCUGUGGUGAUUCCUAUAAAAGAGCUCCUUUCCCAACCAAAUUUGCUGUUGGACCAGUGUCUACAAUUGGAUGGAGCUUCACCUCAAAGUCAGAUCCUACUGAGGGCACAGCUUAAGAUCCUGUGCCCCAAAGUGACAGAGUGUUCCACAGAGAGUAUAGAAACUGUUGCACUGGAGGACUCUGCCAUGGACAGCAAAGCGGAGGAUGAACUAGUUCAAACGUCAAGUGAGUUAUUGGUCCCAGUCACUAUAACAUCUUCUAUAACUGAUCCUGAUGCGAAUGAGAUGGAGAAAGAGAAGAAUAAAGAGAAGGAGAGUGAGAAAAUUCCAGAGGACGUUCCUGCAAUUGAUGUUCGACCUCCACAUACCAGCCCAGAUCCCAGCUUUGGCAGAGAGGGUGUACUGCGUAUUCACCUGCUGGAAGCUCAGAAUUUGAUUGCAAAGGACAACCUUAUGGGGGGUAUGGUGAAGGGAAAAAGUGACCCCUAUGUUAAGAUUAGCAUCGGAAACAACACCUUCAAGAGUCACGUCAUUAAGGAGAAUCUCAACCCCACCUGGAAUGAGAUGUACGAGCUGGUUUUGGUCUCUGAGUCAGCGUCAGAAGUCUCCAUAGAAGUUUUUGACAAAGACAUUGAUAAGGAUGAUUUUCUAGGAAGGUGUCACAUCAGCAUGAGUGAAAUCAUUCAGGCUCAGUUUAUUGACCAGUGGUUUACACUGGAUGGUGUGAAACAUGGACAACUUCAUCUUGUUCUAGAAUGGCUCCAGAAAGUGUCAGAGCCAGAUAAACUGCAACAGGCGCUGCAGUUACAAUCCGCCUCCUACGAGAAUAAAACCUCACCUGCUGCAGCCAUGCUGUUUGUUCUUGUUGAGAAAGCUCACGCACUGCCAAUGGUGAAGGGUGGGAAGGAGCCUAAAGCUGGAGCAGAGCUUAUAGUCAGUGGAACCUCUUAUAAAACUAAGUUGUGUGGACGCUCCACCUCUCCUCACUGGGGUGAGAUUUUCCACUUCCUGAUUCAUGAUCCCACAGAAGAGAUUCUUAUUAUUAAGCUCUCCAGUGGAUGGGAUCAGCCACUGGGUUCCCUGGUUCUACCAGUAAAGGAUCUUUUGUCACAGCAAGAGCUUCUGCUGGACCAGUGGCAAAAUCUGGAUGGAGCUUCACCUGAAAGUCAAAUCUUACUGAGAGCACAACUCCAGAUUUUGGCAUCAAAGAAGAUAGACAAAAAAGUGGAAGCACCUCCUGAAAGAUUUACUGAGGAACAUCCUGAAAAGACCAUUGAAAAGCCAGUGGAAAAACUUAUCGCAAAGACUCCUGAAAAGUUUGAUGAACCUGCAGAACAGGACGCAAAAAUGUCAACAGAAGAUUUUAUGGGUGCAAACAGUAAUACUGGUGUUCAAAGUGGAGGAAAAGCACCAGUCAGUACUGAGCAGUCAAUGACAACACCUAAAGAGUUAAAACAAGAGACCAAACCAACGCCAAGGCUCAAUGAACUAGUCGCCUCUACAGUACCAGUAGCUGUAUCACUUUCAGAAGAUGCACCGAAAGUGCCAGCAGCAGAUAUCACACAUGACACAGGACAUGAGGCAAAGGAUUUGAGUAAAGCAUCCUCAGUGGGAGGAACCAACAAUGAGCAACAAGUGGAAAAGGCAGCUGAUAAUUCUCAUGAGAAGGUUCCUGCUGCUGAAAAAAUGACAGAAAUUGAACACGUGCUACCCCAACAUACACGUUCCUACCCUGGAUUUGGCACCCAGGGGGUACUGCGUAUUCAUCUGCUGGAGGCUCAGGAUUUGAUUGCUAUGGACAGUUUGAUGCGGGGUAUGGUGAAGGGAAAGAGUGACCCCUAUGUGAAGAUCACUGUUGGGACCACAACCUACAAAAGUCAUGUGAUCAAAGAGAACCUCAAUCCCACCUGGAAUGAGAUGUAUGAGAUGAUUCUGACUCCAGACCCCAAUCUUGAAGUGAAGUUUGAAGUUUACGACAAAGACAUUGACUCUGAUGACUUUCUUGGAAGGUUCAAAACCAAGGUUGGGGAUAUUAUUAAAUCCCAGUACAAUGAUGAGUGGUUCCCGCUGAAUGAUGUGAAACAUGGCCGUCUUCAUCUGGUUCUCGAGUGGGUGCCCAGAGUAGCACAACCAGACAGGCUACAGCAGGUGCUGCAGAUGCAAAGUUCCCAGACCUAUCAAAAUAAAUCAGUUCCUUCAGCCGCCCUGCUGUUUGUCCUUAUUGAGAGAGCACAUGCACUGCCUUUGAAGAAGAGUGGGAAGGAGCCUAAAGCUGGAGCUGAGCUUGUGCUUGGGGGAACCUCUUACAAAACAAAGGUGUGUGACCGCUCAACGACUCCUCAGUGGCACGAACACUUUCAUUUCCUGGUACACGACCCCAACAAAGACAUGCUUAUUAUUAAACUCUCUAGUGGGUGGGAUCAGCCGUUGGGUUCCCUGGUUCUACCAGUCAGAGAGCUUCUCUCCCAACCAGCGCUGGCGGUGGACCAGUGGCUGAGUAUAGAUGGAGGUUUGGCUGAGAGUCAGAUCCUACUGAGGGCAGAACUUAAGAUCCUGGACUCUAAGAUGGCAGCACUUCUGGCGCUCGGUGCUGGGCCUGUUUUAAGCAAUAAGCAGAUCCCCAUCACUGGACAGAUCAGAAUUUCUUUGUCCCAUCAGAAGAAACUCACUGUUAUCAUUCAUGGCUGCAGAGGCCUGGUGACAUCAUCGAAGGAAGGUAUAGACACUUACGUCUCUCUGAUUCUGCUGCCUGAUAAAAGCAAAGCCACGAAGAGAAAGACUGCUGUCAAGAAGAAGGAUUUGAACCCUGAGUUUAAUGAGAGGUUUGAGUUUGACAUGAGUGCGGAGGACGCUCAGAAGAGAGUGCUUAGUGUGUGUGUAAAGCACAGUUCUUCCUUCAUGAGUCGAGAAAAGGAUGUGAUUGGUCAGGCUGAAAUAGAUCUGGCACAGAUUGACCUUCUCACGGGCGUUGCAGAAUGGUUUGACUUAAAAGACCACAACUAGUUGGAGUGUCUGAAGUCCUUUCCUCUAAGUGGCCAUUACCCAUCCAAUACAACUUUCUACACGGAUGCCUUGCUGUAAUAUAUAAUAUUCCAUUUCUUCCUUCUCUGUUCUUGCAGCUGCUAUCUCGAUGCCACGAGGCUUACUGAAUUUGAAUAAUCAAUGAUGCAAUCAAUAUUACUUAUGGACAGAGUUUUGUUACUUUUUAUUGAAGUUUAAUGACGAGACAUAAGUGGGCUUCCAGGAACUGUAAUAUCUUUACAUUGAUUUUACAAGUUCCAGUAUCUCCUUAUGCAAAUUGAUUGAGGCCAGGGAUGCAGAUUGACUCAGUGAUUGUAUUUGAUUAUGCAAUGAGGAAUAUUUAGGAUGUUAAUGUAAGUUUUAUGGAUUUUGCAAAAAUGUUUCUUUUUCCACUUAUUAAACCAAAUUAAUGACCAUGUUGACUGAGGCAUAUGCAGACUUCUGCAAUGUUAAUGUUUGCAGAUAAAGCAGGCAAAAUUGCCAAUUUCAGUGGCCUCUCGUGUAUCAAUGCAAAUCAAUACCAGAGCUGCAUUUCAAUCGUUUAUGUAUCUAAUUGAUUUCCUUCCUUAUUUCCACUUGCGAAAAUUCUUUUUGAAGUUAAUUUCGUGUAACUUUUAUGUGCACUCAUUUUAUAAUUGGGUUUUUGUGACCGACCUCUCCACCAGUACACAGCAGACGGUGUUGUUUUAUUCUUCUGAUCAUGUGGCAGCAGUACAAUGCAUAAAAUCUAUGCAGAUUAGGGCUGAAGCAAGACAUCUAGAGUUGAUGCUAAAUAAUGUGAACAACACCCCCCUAAAUGAAUAGAUAGAUUAAAAAGUGAAAAAUUAAUAGUGAGCACAGACUCACCCAAACUGAAAAGAUAAAGAUUUAGGGAGAGGGAAAAGGAAAAACUUUUACCCAACAAAUCUGUGCAUAUGAUAGCCUCUGAUUCUUGUUCUUGGUUGCCAUGACUGAAACCUGAUGCGCUUUACUGCUGUUGCAGUCCAUCAGUCUCAAGAUGCAACUGCUAACUGAGGUUUGAGUUACUGUAGUCUUCCAGUCAACUCAGAGCUGUCUGCUUAAAUUCUGUUCAAGAUCAAGAGGAGCUCGUCAGAUAAAAAAAAAAUAAAAAAUUCAGACAAGCUCAUUUGCCCCCAGCAAAGUCAGAGAUAUUUUAUUUCCCAGUAUGAAGUUUGAUGUGAACAUUAACUGAAGCUCUUGACUUGUAUUUGCAUUAUUUUUCACACUGUGUUGCUGCCACAUGAUUGGCUUAUUGGACUACUGAAUAGAAGGUCAGGAGUACAGAUGUUCAAAAGAAGUGGAUUGCUGAGUGGUGAGAGGAAAAUUAAAACAAAGCAGUGAAAUGAAAAGCAGAAUUUUAACUGCAUCUGAAAACCUAUACAUUACUUUUGAUACUGAUUAAGACCAUGCUAUUUGCUAAAUUAAUGUGCAAUAAUGGCCCUAAUAGUAAUUUGAUUUACUUCACAUAAGGGCAGCUCUUUCAAAUUUUAUUUCCCCAGAACAGUACAUCAGUAAGCUGACAUGGGGCCUAGAUGUAACACAUUGAUAUGAUUUACGGUGGAUGAAGAAACAUUUUUGGUAGUUGUUUUUUUUAAACAUGGAAAUAUGAGAGAGAGACAGAAAGAGAAAGACAGAGAGAAAUGAACAUGGUGUGUGUCAUUACAAUGUAUGUUUGUUUAAAUUAGGCCUUACAUUUGUGUUAGAAACUGCAUACAACUUUUUUGCAUUUUAAUGUUACUUUUUAUAUUUGAGUUGGAUUAUGUUUGGUAAAUAAAAAAAAAAUGUACAUGACAGACAAUACACACAAAAAUGGACAUUAACAUGGCCCAGCUGAAGUUAUAUUUUGUAUGUUUUAUUGUAUAUGGUUUUAUUACUGAUGUUACAUUUGUUCAAUUUUAGACAUGAAAUGGAAAUUAAUUUGUAUUUGUUUCAACAUUACUUUUUAUCAAUAUAUCGGUGAUUAAUUCACAAAGAAUCUUAAGGUUGAGAGCAGCUCCUAACAGGAUGUGUUUAUAGAAGUUCUUUGAGGAAAGAGGCAUGGAAAAGCAUUGUAUAUACAAAAAUGCAGUACACAAAACAAGCCAAAAACAAGAUCUUAUGCGAUCUAAAAAGUAAUUUUAAAAGCUUGGAUACACUAUGGUGUUAGGGUGAUCUCAGCAGUUGCGUAAGGAGAUUGUAAGUAGAACCUACUGUAGUAAAAAAAAAACUAAAACUCUCUGUAAUAAGAUUCUUUGUGAAUAUUUCAGCAUUUGUUGGGAGAUAUAUUUUUUGUUUGUUUACCCCUUUUUAUAUUUUUUUAUUCUAUGAUGCAAAACCUGCUUGACUGUGAUUGCUGCAUACAUACAGUAUACAUGAAAAAUUCAAAACACCAAAGAACGAAGCACUUAAAACUGCUACAAAACCAACUGCAUUUUUCACAGCUAUGCAUUGUUCAGUAUUUACUGUCUGCUGGGAAACACUUGAGCUUGAAUAUUACCACAUUAAAAUGCCAAUAAAGCAUACACUUGGACUAGCA